AUGAGCCGGACACGCUGGGCGAGCCUCGAAGAGGCCGUGCGCACCAUCGACGAUGGCAGCAGCCUGGCAAUCGGCGGCUUCAUGCUCGGCAGCGCGCCGAUGGCCCUGAUCUUCGAGCUGGUUAGACAAGACCGCCGCGACCUUCACGUCCUCUCGUUGCCCAAUCCGUUGCCGGCGGAGAUCCUGGUAGCGGCGGCAGCGGUGCGCAAAGUGGAGUUCUUGUUCACCGCGAUCAACGUCGGUGGCCGGGUCUGGCCGAUGCCGUGCCUGAAACGCGCAAUCGAGGAUGGCUCGAUCGAAUGGGCCGAGCACGAUGGCUACCGUCUGGUGCAGCGGCUGCGCGCCGCCGCCCUCGGGUUGCCAUUCCUACCGGUGCCCGAUUUUGGCGGCACCGACCUCGCCCGGCGCGACCCAAUGCCGGAGGUCGAAGAUCCCUUCACCGGUCAGCGGGUGGCGGUGGAACAGGCCUUCUAUCCCGACGUGGCGCUGAUCCACGCCCAGGCCGCCGACCCUGAGGGCAAUCUGUGGAUCGACGAUCCGGCCACCGAGCGCCUGGUGGCGAGCGCUGCCCGGCGGGUCGUGGCGACGGUUGAACGCCGGGUGGAGCGGCUGCCCGGGGUCGCCACAGUGCCAGCGAUGAUGGUCGACCAGGUGAUCGAGGAACCCCACGGUGCCUUCCCCACCGGUUGUCUGGGCUGUUAUCCGGCCGACGAUCGUCAUCUGCUGCGCUACUUGGAAAUGGCCAAGGCCGGUGACCAACAGCGCUACAUCGACACGGUCAUUCGCGCUUCGAACCACCAGCUCGAGCUGGCCGGAGAAGCGGCGUGA